UCUCUAACGUAAAGACUUGGCAAUACUGUUUAUAUCGAAAGAAGUAAAUUUGUUUAUUUGUGAAAGAAAUUCACCAAAUGGACCUGCAAGUGUUAAUGCAGCAAAUGUACAGUGGUGCAGCGGGCAUGCCGAUGAUGAUGCCGCCUCCACACCUAAAUGGAUACGGAUACGGGCAGCAGCAGCAGCCAUUUUGCCCUUUUCCCCUCAACGGGAACGGCGACCAGGUUGUCGAAGAAGUGGAGGACCAAGACGAGGAAGAGGACGAGGAGCAGCGCACUCUGUUCUGCGGCAAUCUCGACGAGCGCGUGACGGAGGAGAUCCUGUACGAGGUGUUCCUGCAAGCCGGACCCAUCGAGGGAGUGCGAAUACCCACGGACAACACGGGCCGACAACGGAACUUCGGUUUUGUCACCUACCAGCGCCUCUGUGCGGUGCCCUUUGCCCUGGAUCUGUAUCAGGGCCUGGAAUUGUUCCAGAAGAAGGUUACCAUUAAGCACCAGGGCGCCGACAAGGGCAAGCAGCCGCCUGCAUUCAACCAGAGUCGACUGCGCAAUCCGUUCAUGCUAGAGCCACCUCCGCAGGCGUCGCCUCCGCUCCACGGCCGCCACAGUUUGCAUGGCGCCAAGCCCUACGAUCGCAAUCCCUACGGGAACAACGGAGAUCAGCGGCGCCGCAGUGACAGUUCCGUGAUGGACCGCAACCGGCCGAGGAUGCAACCGCAGCAACACCACCAACACAUGCAGGGUGGCAACAGGAGGUCGGACCAGCGGCAGAACAACAAACGCAGAUUGCUUUGAGAUUGAAUCAUGCUUUUAAUUAGUUUUUAUAUAUAGCUUAAGAAUACACAGCAGGUAACUUUAAGGUAAACUCAAGUUUGUAAUUUUAUUAAGUUUGCCCAAACUAUGAAGGAUUGCGCCCAUCUCCUCCUCCACCGCCCGGCUGUCCUGGUGUCAGAGUGGUCGUAGCAAACUUUUUUAGGUCAAUCGCAUCAACAAUGUGGGCGCCGAUUCCUUAAUAUUUACCUUGACUUGAGGGAUUGUUUAUAACUAAAAAGCAUAUUUGUUGACAAUGCUCGUCCUGGUUUCGUUAACCGCUCGUGCGCUCUAACCAACUAAAUAAACCAGCAGCAAAGUUUCGGACCAAUCAACACAGUUUACAUGAGAUAAUAACAAUAUUUUUAUUAGUCUACGGUUAAAUCUAGAAUACACUCUAGAUUAAUGUAAAUUCAAAGUUAGUGCAUGUGCCCUAAACAUAUAAGCUUCCAGUGGCUUCGACUACUAAACCUAUGCUGUACAGAUCGACAUCGACACCUACGGAAAUCAACGCGUGAUGCUCCUCAGGGUCUUCUCCACGUUCCUGUAGGUGCGCGGCGGUAUCACCUCCAGGAGCAGUCGCUGGUAAUUGUGGUGCUCGGAGAGGGCCCGGAACAAGGACUUGGCGUAGCUGCGGGUCUCUAAACUGCCCUCUAGCAGCAGAUUGGCCCCCACCACAAAGAACUUGUCGCGGCUCUCGCGGCCCAUGGCGUAGAUGCGGUCGCUGCCCAGUCGCUCUACAAGUCUGAAGAGCAGCUUUGCUGAUGUGGUGCGCACCAGGGCGUUCUGGUGUUGUGCUCCCUUCGCCGCCAGGAUGUUCAGUACCUUCUGCGGCUGUAAGUGAUCCACCAUCGACUCUAGGGCACGAGUGGCGUCGGCGCGGAUAAAACGGUUCGUGUCGGCGGUGCGGUGCAGAAGAGCACACACCAAAUCAUCGCACUCAAGCUGCAGACUGGUGGACUUCAGGGAGAACAACUCUGCAGCUGCUUGGCAGGAAGCUCGAGCCACUUGGGAGCGCAGAUUCCGGACUGAGCGGGUGAGCUGGAUGCAGGUCAUGUGCAUCUGAUUGUCCAGAGUGUCGGUAUGGUAGCGGAUCAGACGCACCAUGCUUUUCAAGCCGGUCAUGUUCAUCUCCCAGUUGCUGGAGUCCAGCUGGUCAAACGUCUUUAGCAAAGCCUCGCGGGGCUUAUCAAAGCGCGCCAUAUUCUGCGGGAAGAGCUCCGCCUGGGACAUCUUGAUAGCCUGCUUUACGGGCGAGACCCGUCGCUGAGCACGCAGGAAGUACGAAGUCUUCGCCUUCUGCUUGAGCGGGGUGUGUUGUACCUUCCCGGGAAUACUUAUGUUUCCCAAAUGAGAACCAGACUGCGAGGUGUUGUCAGUGGUGCUUGUGCUGGUGUCCAGAGAUCCCUGCUUAGAGCCGGGUCGUGCUCCAUAAAUCGAGUCCAAGGAAAUGCUGCGUGAAUGGAUCACUCUUUCUUCGUGCAUUGGAACCAACUUUGGGCCAAAGGCGUUGUCUCCGGGGGCGAUGACUCUAGCUCGUGCUGUACUUCUUCGACUACCACGAAACUGUUGCUGCCCUCAAUGUCCUCCUCAAUGGGCAAUGAUUUCACUGACUGAGCUCGCGAGAGUUGCGGUGUAGUGUCCUCCAACUGAGUUUUAAUGCUCUCCGUUUUGCUGUGAAGGCUGUUUACGCUUCCGGUCAGCUUAAGCGACUCCUCAUGGGCAGGAGGUUCCGUCUGGUCCUCAAUGUCGUCCACCACCAACUCCCCGAAGGCUUCGACAGGAUCCUGCUGACGGUUCAGAAAUUCCAUCUUGGACUCGUUCCCGUCCCCAGUAGAUGAGGAUGACCGCUUGCCCAUCUCGCUUUGGCUGCCACUCGACUUCGCCGAGGCUGUCGACUUUUGCGAAUAGCUGGUGGACCUUACGGAGAGGGGAGAGCCGUCUGUCAUGUCUUUGACCGCCGUUUCCAAGGGCUGAACUGCCCUCGGUGUUUCCCUAUUAUGUGGGAGCAGAGAAUAGAAUUUCUGGUUAUAUCUGCCGGUGGCCGAAACACGGCAAAAGUGGACUUAUCAUCGACCAGCUGGCUUUCUGUAUCAAUUUGCAUCGAUUUUCUGGACUCCAGAGCCGUGUCGGUGCAGCAAGUGCCGCAGACCGAACUGUGACCACAAAGAGCCCCGCGGAGUGUGGAGUGAGCCUCCGUGGCUCUGUGGCAGAUGCAUGCCCUAACAGAGUGGAAAAAAAUACGUGUCCUACGCAGCAGAUCAGAGGGCUGCGCACCACAGGAAAACACAUUCUGCAUUUUUCAGCGCCAGCCAAUUGGACAAUUAUCCUGCCUAUUUUCUACUGGGCACCACGACACAUCCUCGAGUAAACCGCAAUUGGCGACCACUCCAAGCAACGCGACUUCACUGACUGUUUGCAAUGCUCGUCGCCAGUCGUUUUGGCCACUUCAAAUGAAUUUCCAUACCGGGAACCAACAAGCCAAAGUUUCAAAACGAAAAACAGGACAUUGCGUUUUCCAAGCAAUCACACGACCACACACCAAGCGGUUAAAACCCCCGUCCACCCACAGGGUGUCAAGCCAAAGCCGCGGAAAGGUCGUGGAAUGGACUAGCGCUAACCAGCAACGAACGUCCAAGCUAACUGGCCACAGGUCUUCGCCGAGCAGUGGCAUUUGCCGCAAGGCGUUCCGGAUUCUAUACAAGCACCGCUUAGUCAUCUUCGGACUUCUUCGUUUCAUCGUGGAAAGUCACGAAGUCGGCAAUACAACAAGUUGCUAUAUCCCCACGAGAACUUUAAAGUUAUAAUAAGGGAACUAAUUAUCCUACCUGUGGAACCCAUCCUUCUUGUUUUUUGCCUCCGUGCUCUCCAAUACGUCGCGCUGACUGGUUGCAGCCCGCAUGCGUCGCCUUUUGAUGGUAUUUGGCGAGGCGGAGCCCUCCCCCUGAUAGAUCCAAUCCACAUCUGCUCCAGAACGCCUGGAUCCAGGUUGAUCAGUCUGGUUAAAAACAAAGAGCACGCCACUGUCGGGCGUGACAAUGGGCAGCUGCAGGCGCGAGAGGCGCACACUGGCCGCCUCCAACACUUGGGGUCCGAGCUCCACGCCGGCGGUCGUCUCCGAGACAAUAGCUAGGACCUCGUUUAUGGAUGAGAUAUCGGCAAGGACUGCCAGCACCUCCAGGGCCGCCUGUCGCACGCGUCGCUUGCGAUUGAGCAAAGAGUAUACGGUCUGAGCCGUCAGGAGGCUGAUGUCGAAGCAAGUGCCCGGAAAGGUCAUCAGGGCGAAGAUGGACACCUGAAGCGCAUGGUCCCGGAACUGAGGAAUUCUGGCGAUGUCAGCUUUGCUACAAUGGUGCCAGCGGGGAGGCGCUGCAUCAGGGCCUUGCAGACUCUGUUCGCUCCAGCAUUGCCCUGGCGACACAGUCCCGUCAAUAUCUGCGGUGUGCGCUCCUCCAAGUUGUCCAGGGGCAGUCGUGAGAUCAGGUUAACUAGCAACUCCCGCUUCAACUCGGACACCUCGAAGUGGCGUUCGGACGAGAGGAGGGUUCGGAGCAGACUAUCCAGAUACGGUAGUGUGAUGGCCAAGUUGCUCGACGAGCUCAGGGCGAGCUCCAGUUGGGCGAUGCCCAUUAGGCGAUUGCGCCAAUCCUUCGAGUGAAAAAAUAAGUACGG